AGAGGAUCCCUAUGUACUUGAGGAAUAUAUGCUAAUAAAGCCAUAAUCCUUGUAAGAAGCUCUAAAUUGUGCCAAUCAAAUACAUGUUGAGAGAAUAGGAUAUCCAAGUUUCAUCGAUCCCAUCAAUCGCAUAUAAUACAUACAAAAAUCAAAUGUUCUAAUUAACCAAAAUUGACUAUGCAUGACGUUGACUUUUGUAUAUCAUCCAAAUUCAAUGUAUUCCUAACAUACAGCCUUAUUAUGAAUCUUGAUCAAUUGCUUUUAGAGAGUGCUUGGAUAAUAGUUUGUAACUAUAAUUUGACCUAACGAGGAAAUAAUUUAUUGUUUCUUUACUUCUCCUGAAACAAUGGCCCGAUAAAAUUAUAUUUAAACGGUAAAUACUAAGCAAAACCAUGAUUUUGACAUGAUCCGAGAUGUACAAGUACGAUCUACACAUGCACCCAGUCCUCAAAAUCCAAACUUCAGCUAAUUUAAUCAUAGGAGAUUUGAUGAAGGGAAGCGAACUGGUUAAGGCAAUUAAUAUGGAAGAAGAAGAGUGUAGAAAGACAAUUCAUCAAGGACGGUACGUUUUGAUUCGCAUUGACACUGCUUUCUCUUGUCCAAUGCGUCUGGCAUCUUGCAAGUGUUCUCAACUACCGAAGGAGUAAAAGUUAAUCCAAAUAAAGAACCCUUCAUAGAUUAGAAAAUCAGUCCAAUUAUAAUAAAGAAUAUCAUAUCAUCGUCAUAUUUUCCUAACCCCCAAGACACUGAUUCUAAAGAAUAAAAAGAUACCCUUCUUAAUCUCUCCGUCUUAUUAGAAAAAAUUAUAGAUAAUAUCCUUCUUGCUCACUUUCUCAGUCCUAUAUAUAUAUAUAUAUUUAUUCCCUGUCAUGAUACAAAGGAUUUUUGUGAGUUCUUCCCCAACAAAAGCCUACAAACACAUUGAACAGUUUCUUUUAUGUCCUAGAUUUACUCAUUCUCCUUCACACUUUCUUCACAUAUAUGGAAGAUUCAGAGGGAGAAGAGCUUCUGAAUCUGACUCUUUCAGUUGCUGCUGGUAGGGAGAGGAAAAAGAAGGGAAAGAUAAGGGAUAUUAAUGCUAAUUCCAUUAUUUUUCCUAUGAGUUCUUACGAAGGCUUUGAAGGUAAGAUCUUUAGGCUCCUCCAAACGAGGGAACAGAUGCUAAGACAAGAGCAUAGAAGAAAAGGGGUGGUUGAAGAUGGGAAUGGCCUCCCUUUGAUUCAUUUGCUUCUAACAACUGCGACUGCUGUUGAUGAAAGAAACAUAACUGCAGCUCUUGAGAAUCUCAUUGACCUGUAUCAAACAGUUUCCCUAACAGGUGACUCAGUUCAACGUGUGGUGGCAUAUUUUGCAGAUGGUUUGGCUGCAAGGCUUCUUACUAGGAAGUCACCAUUCUAUGACAUGCUCAUGGAGGAACCAACAAGUGAGGAAGAGUUUCUUGCAUUCACAGAUCUCUACAGAGUCUCACCCUAUUACCAAUUUGCUCAUUUCACUGCAAACCAGGCUAUUUUGGAGGCCUUUGAGGAGGAGGAAGCGAGAAACAACAAAGCACUUCAUGUCAUUGACUUUGAUGUCUCCUAUGGCUUCCAAUGGCCUUGUCUUAUUCAAUCACUUUCUGAAAAGGCAACCAAUGGCAACAGAAUAUCCCUGAGGAUAACAGGAUUUGGAAACAACCUUAAAGAGCUGCAAGAAACUGAGGCUAGAUUGGUUAGCUUCUCAAAGGGUUUUAGUAACCACCUUGUUUUUGAAUUCCAAGGGCUCCUGAAAGGUUCAUUAAGGAUCAUAAACCUAAGGAAAAGGAAAAAUGAAACUGUGGCAGUGAACCUUGUUUCUUAUUUAAACACUUGGAGAAGUUUCAUGAAGAUCUCUGACACAUUGGGAUUUGUUCAUUCUCUUAAUCCCUCCAUUGUGGUGUUGGUGAAACAAGAAGGUAGCAGAAGUGUGAAGACAUUCUUGUCAAGGUUCACCGAGUCUUUGCACUAUUUUGCAGCCAUGUUUGAUUCACUGGAUGAUUGCUUGCCACUUGAGAGCAUUGAGAGGCUAAGGAUUGAGAAGAAGCUUCUUGGGAAAGAGAUCAAAAGUAUGCUCAACCAUGACAUGGAUGGUGUGGAUUGCCCAAAAUAUGAGAGGAUGGAAACAUGGAAAGACAGAAUGGAGAAUCAAGGAUUUGUUGGAAGAAAAAUAAGCUCAAAGUGCGUGAUCCAAGCGAAGCUGCUUUUGAAGAUGAGGACACAUUAUUAUCCACUACAGUUUGAGGAAGAGGGUGGUGGGGGUUUCAGAGUUUCUGAAAGGGAUGAAGGAAGUGUUAUCUCUUUGGGGUGGCAAAAUAGGUUUCUUCUUACUGUCUCAGCAUGGCAAUUAGUUUGAAAGAAUGCAUGUUCCUUCGUUCCUUAGUCCUAACUUUCAUCGUUUUGGUAAAAAUCUGCACACAAAAUGAUGAACUUUAACUUCUUGAUUUAUUUGGCUAGUCAUAGAUGUUGUAUGACCAGAAAUAUGUAGAGCUUUUGGUACUUGGUAGAUUGUUCAGGUAAUAAGGUAAAUAGAUGAAGCAUAUUUGUCAGUGAAUUUUAUCUUUUUGCCUUUUGAUUGGUUCUAAUACACAGAACCCUAAUUUGCGCUUUUUUUUUUUUUUAUUGUUUUAGCUGAGAUUAAAAAGUCCUAGUUCGAGGAAGAGACAAAUUUAAAAUCAAGAUCAUGCGGUCUGUAAAUUCUAUUAUAAACUAGAAAUGCAACGCAAUGUAACCAUAGCUUUGAAAAGUUGUUAAUGACUUCACUCAUUGGCGUAGCAAUUAAAUAUUGAAAAACAAUAUGGCGAGUGUUGUUCUGGAUGAAAAUAUUGGUAUAUAAAUACUAGAAAACGGUACUAUGUUAAGUAUAAGAAUAAACAAAUAAAAAAGACUAAUCAGAUUCAUGACUAUUUCAUAUCAAAUUUUAAAAUAAUAAUUUGAUACUUACUAAAUGAAUGUG